AUGUCCGGAUUCACUGUACAACAAGGGGUUAAACCGGAUCGCAUAUUCUCUCAGAUUACUAUCAUCACUCUUGGGUUUAGUACAUCUCCGCUGUUGGAGUCGCAUGAUGAUUUUCAUUCACCUGAAUGGGGUCCCAAGAGAUUGUUGGUUGUGGCGUCAUUCUCUGCUGUUUGCGAGUUUCCUGAACUAUUAUUCUCGCUGUUGGUUGAUUGCAAGUUUUUGAUUGGAGGAGUGAAUCCUGAGAACGGUCAAGUGGCCCCACCUCCCACCUUUGUUGCAUCACAUUAUUUGGCAUUACUGAGAGAGAAAGGACUUCAGAUUGAAAAGUUGGAGAAGGAGAUGAUAGAUGUGACUGUUCAACGAGACUUAGCUCAAUGUCAGGUUCAGGAUUUGCUACAACUGGUUGGGGAUGAGGGACAUUCAAUGACACGGGUAGGUUUUAAUAACUACCCACGCUUGCUAGUUCGGAAGUCACCGGAAUUUGAAAAUCCAGUACCAGAGACUUCCUCUUUGGCAAGUCCUCACUCCUUGGACAUUGGUGUUAGAUCAGUCAAGAGAUCUAUUUAUUCUUAUGGACAUAGUGGGAGAAGCUCUGAUGAUCACUGCAUACAAAUUCUUCCUGAAUUUGAAGAGAACUUUGUGCCGAAUGAUACUUCUCCACAGCUGUUGGUUGGUGUUUCUAUGUUCAUCCGAAGCAAUUCUGGACGGAGUUGGGACAUGGGACUUCGGAGGAUUUAUGCAAGGAAGUUUGAUGCAUAGAGGCAGAAGAAUCGAAUAGAUCAUCAUCUCCUGAACAAAGCACUGAAAUCUCUGAAUCGAUGGUGGCUGGGAACGGAGACACAAUAGAUCAGGAGUUCGUGUCACCGCCACUAAAGGAAGAUAGUAUGUUAAGUUAUAUCACCCAUUUCAUUGCUCAUUCUCAUGAAAAACCAUCUCCAUG